CAUUCCAACAAAAAUGAAUUAAUUUCAAAAAGUAUCAAUACAUUUUAUUUGCUGAAACAGCAGACGCUAAUUACUUCAUGAUUCAUCAACAACUACCAGUGAGUCGUAUUGGUUGGGACGAUCAAAAGAUUAUGAGAACAAGACAGGAAUUGAAUUCGGUGAAAAUCAUCAUGAAGGAGAACGUGCAAAAAAUUAUGGAGAGACAGGGAAAACUUGACGAUCUCGUUGAAAGAGCUCAAAAACUCGAGGAAGCUUCAGAUGUUUACGUCAAGUGUGCUGUCAAGAUCAAGCGUGAGAUGAGCUGGAAAGCCAAUGCUAUUCGUAAUGGUAUCAUCGCCGUAUCAAGUGUGUCUGCUUUUGCCGGAAUCGCAUACGCAUUUCUCUGAAUGUUCAAUUUCAUAUAUCAAUAUGAUUUAUUGAUUUAACAGCCUCUAUGUAUUGAAUAAAGUUUUGAAUUUAGAAAAAAAA